AUGAUCCCGUUCUGGAAGCCUGCACCAGCUCCUGCUGCGGCUUUCAAGGGACAGAGUUUACCAUACAGAGAUGCAAGCUUUUUCUCUAGGUUCUUCUUGAAUUGGGCGGGGCCGUCUAUCAGGGUGGCAUGGUCGAGAGGACUCGAGGCGGACGAUCUAUAUGAUUUAACUCCUGAGCUUCACACGAGACUGUCAGGGGAUACGCUUGAAAGCCAUUACAUGCGCAGAGUACCUCCCGCCUUCCGACCUGAGAAGUACAAAGCCACUGGUUCCGCCGAGUCUCGAUCAUGCGAUCGAAGCCUUUUCAAGGCUAUCUGCCACACGGUAUGGAAAUCGUGGUGGUUUAUGGUCAUGGUCAAGCUCGUUGCCCUUGCUCUCAGAGCUUAUGUACCCCUUGUGAUGAAAGAUCUACUAACCCAGAUCUCUCGAGCUCAAGACUGGUACCAUGGUAUCGCUGCGCCAGCUGGGACCGAUGGUUUAAUGCCCCCUGCCUCGGUCGGCUACAUGCUAGCUAUAGGCUUAGGGAUCUGGGCAAUGAUCUUCGGGUCAUCCUCGCUAUUGUACAUCGCCAAUUGGAGAAUCAAAUUAACAGGAAAAUUGCUGAACUCUGCACUCACUUGUAUAAUCUCACGGAAAGCUAUGCGAUUGUCAGGUAGAUCAAAACUGCGAAUGACCGAUGGCAGAAUCACGACGAUGGUCUCGGUCGAUACUGCUUUUAUUGAGGCUGCUGUCGACCAAUCGACCGAGAUUAUCUGUACCCCUGCCCAAAUCAUCGCAUCUUUGUCGUUUCUACUUUGGGAGCUGGGCUGGUCGGGUCUAGUCGGCUUAGGGGUUAUUCUGUUGGUUAUCCCAUUGAAAGCCAUUAUUUUCAAGCGUAUCUCGAAGAUCCGGCGUAUGCAGAACGAAGUAGUGGACGAACGUGUACGACUGUUGUCAGAGGUAUUACACAACAUACGCGCUGUCAAGCUAUACGCCUAUGAGUCAUGUUUCGGCCAGCGAAUCAGUGAUAUGAGGGCGAAUGAGCUGAAGAGAUUCAGAUCGAAUAACAUAAUCGCUUCUGGAUUGUCAGCUCUGAUGUCUUUCAUACCCACUUUAGCGGCCAUAUCAACGUUUAUAGUCUACGCUCUGAUGGGUCAUAAGCUCGAUGCGGCGAUUAUCUUUUCAAGUUUACAAUAUUUCAAUAAUCUCAAGAAUCCCAUCUCUUAUAUACCCCAGGUUUUGACCACCCUUAGUCAAGCUACAACUGGUAUUGCUCGUAUCAACGAGUUAUUGCUAUCAGAAGAGCUCGACCGGGUACUCAAAGCUGAGCCAUCAUGUCCAUUUGCCAUCGACGCCCAAGGAGAUUUCCAGUUCGAAGACUUGUUUACCAAAUCUGACGAGCUGCCCAAAAUCCAACAGAAAGCCGCAUUUAUCCAGGCUUUCCACGUCUUCAGGAAGCUUUUCGAGAGAAACACAGCUAGGACGGGAUACAUCAGGAUCGAUGGCCAACCUUCGGAACCUUUUCAUGAAGCAUCUGUGCCAUUCUCCAUUCUUGACAUCGAUUUGAAGAUUCCAAGGGGUGCUUUGACGUGUAUCGUGGGAAGAGUAGGAACCGGAAAGACAUCAUUAUUAUCAGCACUCGUCAAUGAGAUGAAGCAGGUGAAAGGGCAUACUCGUCUUGGUGGCUCAAUCAGCUAUGUACCUCAACAAGCCUGGGUUCAAUCGGGAUCUAUCCGCGAUAACAUCACUUUCUUCGCUGAUUCUCAAGACGUGGAUCUAAGAAGAGUCGCUGAGGUCAUUGAUGCCUGUGGGCUCAGAUCAGAUGUCGAGGCUUGGCCUGAUAAAGAGCUCACCAUCAUCGGAGAGAGAGGCGUCACCCUCUCCGGCGGUCAAAGACAACGUCUUUCCAUUGCCCGAGCAGCAUACGAGCAGAGCGAUAUUGUGCUUCUUGAUGAUCCCCUAUCGGCUGUGGAUGCUCAUGUGGCGCAUCAUCUACUUGAUCAAUGUGUCUUGGAGGGACCCAUGGCUGGUCGUACAAGGGUAUUGGUGACCCAUCAUUUGGACGUGCUGCCACAUGCAGAUCUUGUAUUGGUCAUGGAUAGAGAUCAAAGUGGCAAUGGUCGGAUCAUCCAGAAGGGAAGAUACGAGGAUCUGGUGAAGACUGAAGGUGUGUUCAAGACCUUGAUUCAGCAAUAUGGCACUCCGAUAGGAAGAACACAGCCUACGGCAAGCAUUCCGUCCUCGGCCUCGUCUUCCACAAUUGCUGAGGCAGAAGAAGAGAGCACAAAGCCAGAAUCGUCCGGAAAAGUAGCGCAAAGCUUGAUCAUGGAAGAAGAAAAGUCUCAAGGUAAUGUGCCUUCAAGGGUAUAUCGCAAUUAUAUUGCAUCGAUUAGGUCAUACUCUUUGAUCACCCUAUCUGUCUGCUUCCUUCUAAUUGCUCAAGCUGCCAGUGCUCUGAAUACUCUUUUUCUCGGUUACUGGUCGGAGAAUAGGUUUGCAAAUCUUUCUAAGAAGCAAUACAUGGGAAUCUACGCUGGUCUAGGUAUAGCUAUGGCUAUCUUCACAUGGGCAUCAAUAUUCAUCAUAUUCGUUGCUGGAAUUAGAGCUUCAUUUUACAUGUUUGAUAAAGCCUGGAACGGUGUUAUGAGAAGUCCUACUUCAUGGCAUGAUCGUACUCCGACUGGUAGGAUAAUCAACCGACUGUCCAAGGAUAUCGAAAUUCUGGAUGACCGAAUCGCUUCGACAUGGUACAACGUAUUCAGCGCGACGUUAACGAUCAUCGGAGCGAUCGCUUUGGUUUUAUAUACAUACCCUGUAUCUGCCUUGGUGUUCAUCCCAAUACUUUAUUUCGACUAUAUGGCUGUAAUGUUCUUCCUCGAAAUUUCAAGAGAUAUCAAUAGGUUGGUAUCGAAUUUGAGGAGCCAAAUCUACACCAAUCUAGGCGAACAACUUGCGGGAAUGUCUGUCAUACGAGCUUUCAAGCGGCAAGAUCGAUUUCAACAGAUAUUAGAAGGUUCCAUCGACGUCCAUCUGGUAAGUCCUCUUGGCUUGAAACAAAUACUCACGGGGUUAACACUUUUCAAUGCAAUAGUCAGCAGUCUUAAUAAGCGGGUUCACUCAAGCUGGCUACAUAAUCGUGUCAGAUUUGUCAGUGAACUAUCGGUAUUAGCGGUGAUCAUCUCGGGAAUAACGUUCAGGGAGUCCGUCUCCUCUGCCAAAUUUGGUGUUGUUCUGAGCUACGUUAUGCUCUCCACUUCGACCCUGGGGCGAUUGGUUGGAUCUCUGACCGAAGCAAUCAUCUCUAUGAAUACAGUUGAGCGAGUACAGUAUUACACUGAACUACCUUCCGAAGCCCCCCGUCAGUUACCUUCCGAUCCCAACGCAGACUCAUGGCCAAGCAGAGGCAAAAUCACUUUCAGAGAUGUAUCAAUGAAAUAUCGACCUGAACUACCCCUCGUGCUGAAAGAUGUAAACUUUACGGUUCAGCCUGGUGAACGAGUUGGAAUAAUCGGUAGAACUGGGUCUGGCAAAAGUACCUUGGUCCAAGUCUUAUUCAGAUUGGUCGAAAUCGACAAGUACAAUGAUGAAGUUUCGGUAGAUGGGAAUAGAGGGAGAGUUGAGAUUGAUGGUGUGGAUAUACGAUCUUUGGGACUUGAUACUUUGAGAAGGGGACUAUCGAUCAUACCACAAGACCCUUUCCUAUUCAGUGGAACGAUCCGAGAAAACAUCGAUCCUCAGGGUGUAUAUACCGAUGCGGAAUUGAACGAUUCACUUAACCUCAUCGAAAGGGAUUCAAGAGUUUCUACAUCUUUGAAAGAAAAGAUGAGAUUGGAUUAUAUGGUUGUGAAUCAGGGUACCAAUUUCAGUGCUGGAGAAAGACAACUGAUCGCCUUAAUCCGAGCAAUAGUCGAGAAGUCAAAGAUAUUGAUAUUGGAUGAAGCUACCUCUUCGGUCGAUUUGGAGACUGACUCGUUGAUUCAGAAGAUUGUCCAAAAUGAAUUCUCAGGUGUGACACUGUUAUCGAUAGCUCAUCGUAUUCAGACAGUCAUUAAUUACGAUAAGAUCUUGAUCAUGGAACAAGGAAGAGUAGUCGAUUUCGAUACUCCUUCAAAGUUGUACAAUGACCCUCAGUCGAUCUUCAGAAAACUAUGUGAUAGAUCGUUAAGUGCCAGACACAGAUUGAACACUGUUUGA